UCUAAAAGUUUUCGCACUUAUUUAGACACACCCUGUAUAAAUAGAUACAUAGAGUAAAAUUGUGUUCAGGUAGAGAUGAAUGAUGUAGUGGCCAACUUGAGAAAUGAGAUUCAGGUGAAAAACGAGAAGAUCUCGCAGUGCGAAAUGCAACUAAUUUGCAUGGAGCGAGAAGUCGGUAAUCUGACUGACAUGCUGAAAAGUAGUCUGAACAAUUUGGACGAGUCUAAGAUAGCGUAUGAGGGGAUUUGCGAGUACAACAAGUGCGAGCACGACACUUGCUUAGACGUCCAGAGCACGUUGUCCGCUUUAAAAGCGUUCAUAGCCGAGUUGGAGGAGUGUAAACUAGAACGACGCAAUCGUCUGCGGGAGAUAGAUAACUUAAAGGCUUAUGUGGCAUGUUACAGCCAAGAGUCCACCAGCGAGAUUACAAACACAGAUUUUGAUACCGGACACGGAUCGAUCCAGCCGGCUGCAGGUAUAUUCCGAGGCAUAAGUUUAAAUAAUAAUGACGCGCAUAGGAAUUAAUUCCACAUUGGCGGAUUGCAUAUUAUUACAUAUGGAUCGAUAUUACGAAAGACUCCGCGUCGAGUAAUUCCGGCGAUUGUCAUUCAUCGAAAGAACUGGUUAACGUUCAAAUUCA